UUUCUCCAUCCUCCCACCACUAUAUACGAUUUCUCUCCAUUCUUCUCCCCCUCACCCUCCCCUCCUCUUGAACCCUGCACGGAAAAAUCCGAACAAUUUGAGAUUUGUAUCAGGUUCUCGGUUGCUGCUGACCGGGAGGGGUGAUUGGAGGAAUCGCGGCUGAAUUGUUUGGUCCACGGCACGAUGAUGGCGAACGCGAAGCUCCAGAAGCAUGCGCUGCUGCCGCCGCGCAGCCCCUUCCCGACGGCGGCGGCGGCGCCGUCACCGUACGCCGACCACGUCCUGAUCGCCCGGCCGCAGGGCUCCUCGCACCACCGGCAUGCUCAUGGGCACGGGCAUGGGCACCACCAGCGCACGUCGUCCGAGAGCUUCAUAGAGGAGCAGCCUUCGUGGCUCGAGGACCUGCUGGACGAGCCUGAGACGCCGGUGCGGCAGCACGGCCGGGCCGGGCACCGCAGGUCGUCCAGCGACUCGUUCGCGUUGUUUGACGGAGGAGCUGCUGGUGCCGGUGCCUAUGCCAAUGGUUUUGAGGGGAUUGGGGGAGGAGGAGGGCAGUCUGUGCCAUGGGGUGGUGUGCAUGAGUAUUAUGCUAAGCCAGGCUCGUUUGGGAGGCCGCAGGGCCGGCCAUGGGAGCAAGGCAUGCCGAACUUGGUGGGUUACAGGCAUGGCGGUGGCCCACCAAUGCUGGCGAAAGAGAAGGUUGGUGGGCAUCAUGGGCCACCGAAUGCAUUGAGGGAUCAUGACCAUGGCAUGGACAAGAGAGCUCCUGAUGAGGCUGAGCAUGAUCAGAAGGUUGGGGCAAACGAGGGUGUGCCGCCCAAGCAUGUGCAAUUAGAGGCGGACAACAAGCGUGCUAAACAGCAAUAUGCUCAGAGGUCCCGUGUCCGGAAGCUCCAGUAUAUUGCAGAGCUUGAGAGAAAGGUCCAGGCAUUACAGUCAGAAGGGAUAGAAGUGUCUGCCGAAGUGGAGUUUCGUACCCAGCAGAAUAUUAUGCUUGACCUAGAAAACAAAGCCUUGAAGCAAAGACUGGAGAGUUUAGCACAGGAGCAACUAAUUAAACGCCUUCAACAGGAGAUGUUUGAGCGGGAAAUUGGUCGUCUCAGAUCACUGUAUCAGCAGCAGCAGCAUGCUCCUGCUCAUGGUCAUACUAACAGCAGAGACCUUGAUUCCCAGUUUGCCAACUUGUCUCUGAAACACAAAGACCCCAACUCGCGGGGGGAUGCCUCUGGGUCUCUUCGUACUUAGGUCUUUUCAUCCAUUUCUUCUUGUGGGUUCCGUAUCAGCUUGCACCACUGUGUGGCUGUCAUCUGCGUCAAGAAAGUAGAAGUGCGCGAUUCCGGAAUUGCAUGAAUAACACCGGAAAGGCAUCUGAUCUUUAUUCUUUCGGAAUAUGCACCUGGCUGUCAUCCUCAGCUUGCGUCCAUUGUGAUGCUCGACCAGUCGGCGGUGUUUAGGGUUUUCUUUGUAGCUAGAUGCUUUUCUUCCAUCGCUGUACCAUUUCGAAUGCUAGGGUUCUAAUUUGUUCCUAUCUUGUUUCAUGUGCUGUUUUCUUCGUAGCCAUCUUUGGAUUAGUCUGCCCUAUCAUGGAAUGUGGAGCACUAGUCAGCAUCUACUAAGAUGCUUUGAAAAUGUGCCACAUCCUUGAGAACUGUAUGUUGUAUUAUUGGUACUCAAUAAGCAAGUAAUAAAAGGCAAUUGGUAGAUAGGAAUAUACUUUAUUCA